GAAGAGGAAACAGACGUUCCUCUUGCCACAAAGAUGGCUGGUGGUCGUUUGCAUAGCUUGAGCCUCGUCUUCAAGUGCAGCAUCGUGCUCUUUUCUUGGAUGUGUCUUCACGAUGUGGAGGCUUUCAGUUGUCAACAUGUCAUCCAUAAAAAAGUUGGAGACUCUGUGGAGCUGUUAUCAUGCCUGCCAACAGAAGGCGUCACUGCAGCAAAGUGGAGAUAUGGAGUAUCAGUAAUUGCAGACAAAUAUAGGACUGUUGAUGAAAAACAUUUUAAGGGCAGAUUAGAGUUUGACCAUACAAACUUUAGUCUGACAAUUAAAGAGCUGACUCAGCAGGAUUCUGGUGAAUUCAUUUUUAGCUCAGAUGGAAAAACACAAAAUCCAACAGUCACAGUCACCCUGAAAGUUCACGAGUCUAUAACCCACCAGCCUGAUGUGACUGGAAACUCCACCUGGAACUCCUCCACCAACUCAUGUACAGUUUUACUGGAGUGCAGUUCAGACUCUCACAGUGACAUCAGCUACAACUGGACUGUAGAGCGCAAAACCAGUAAUGGGUCCAGGCUGCAGUACAUCAUCAGGACACAGGAUAAAGACACCGAGUUCAACUGUACCAUCUACAAUCCUGUCAGCAAGAUGUCGACAUCCAAAACAGUGAAGUGCAGCGAGGAUACACAAAAAAUAACCAAAGAUGAUAAAAACCCAGUAAACCUCCUUAUUGCCAUCAGUGUGGUUGGAGUAGUACUGAUGAUUAUCAUCGUUGCUGUCAUAGCUGUCGCUUGGCACUGCAUACAAAGUAAAGCAGGCAGUGAUCCAGAGGACCACACCGUGUACGCCGACAUCACUGAGGUUACAACUGAAGAUGGGAUGAAGCCAUGCUCAGUGUACGAAACAAUCGAUAACAUAGACAAUCGAGUCACGCGAAACACCCAAGUCACUCAGUACAAUCAGGUCACGACUCGGGCUGAUACUGUUUAUGACAAGAUCCAGCUCGAGCGUCUGAGGAAGAUGUCCAUUUCACCCUACCAAGAGAUUUCCUAGAAAAGCUUGAACUGAGUAAAUAUUCUUUGAGCUUCAAAGCAAGACAGACUGAGGGAAAAAUGCACAGGAGAAAAACCACAGAGUCAUGCUUUUGUACAUUUUUAUUAGUAAUCCUGCUGUUGAAUUUCAGGCCCUGGAGCUAAUUAUCAUCUCUGCACCAAUGUCCAACAAAAGUGUAAAUACUGUAAAUAAAGAGUUUAUCAUUCAAA